UAAAUACAGUACGACUGAAUGAUUAAGAAGUUUGCUUUACAACCUCGAGGGCUCAGGGUUCGAUCCCAUAACAUCUCGAAUAAAUAGUUCUCUAAAGCCUCAGGCUGACCCAUUCAUUGCGAGUGAAUCUGGGUAUGCAGAAACCACAUAGAAACCGGUCAGGUGGUGCUUGUAAUUCAAAAGGAGCAACCUUGUCACUGUGUUGUUGAAUUUGCAUGAGAAUUAGGUUAAGGAUACACAUGUCUGAGUUAUAUUCGGCCACUUAUGUGUCAUUCAGGAGCAGGCAAUUCGGUUGAUCGAACAAAUGAAUCCUAAUCGUCGAAACCGACGGAGAUCCACCACCGCCCUCACCACUAGUCGUGAAAGAUAGCAGAACGGUGUUGCUUGUUUCUGAUCGACAAAUAUGUUUUGUCAAAGUCGACAUUUCCUCUGCUCAUCCAUUCAGUAGAAUACUUUAUCUUCUUCAUCUUCUCCCUGGAUAUUUUAUGAAAAUUAUGGAAACAGAAAUUUCACUUGAAACAUUAGAGCAACAAUACAUCCUUAAAAUCAAACUUGCCAUUGCUUUCGCUAUAUUGAGAAACAAACCUAAGGAGAUUCCAACCCGCCAAUAUGUUGAGGGCCUCAUGUCUGACUACCAAAAACAGAUUUCUGAUUUGCCAGAUGAUUCUUACAAUACUAACCGAAACCAAUUAAUCAGCUGCCAACAGCAAUUAAUUAAUCAGCUGGAAUCCAGUAAUUUAAUAUUUCAGGAUGCAGAAUCUAGUAAUAUUUUAACACCUCCACCUUCUGGAAAACGUCUGACUAAUCAGCUAGAUUCAUUAGAUCGUAUGCUGACGAACCAUACCUGUUUCCUGCAGAGUUCAUUUAAUUUAAGAAGUGUUUCACAUCUUCUCCAAGACCAACACAAGAUCACCAAAGUUAUUGAACACACAGUGAUUGAUAGUACGAAGAUCAUUUAUAGUUUCCUCUUAACAGAUAUACAUAAAAUCACAUUACCUUGUGUUGGUUCCACUUUAAAAGCUUCAAUGAAAAUUUGCGAUUUGGCCCCUCACAAUUCAAAUCUUAGAAACAGUUUUAAAACUUUCACUGCUGACUUCCAGAAUGCAGUCAUCAAAAAAGUGAUAUUAAAUGACAAAAUUACUCAGCUUAAAAAGAGAGACUACAUCAAGUUGUUGAGUGAAUUUAUGCAUUGCCAUGAAAGCAAAGAACUACUUCUAACCACUUUAUAUAACUAUGCCAGCAAAUUCUUCAACUACAUUAAAAAACUUUCUUUGAAUAUGAGAAACCUUGAGGAUCCAGUCUUCUUUGAAAACAAUUAUUUUAUUCUUUGUUGUCUUGCUGAAUGUCUUGCUGAGCUGAUCAGUGAACAUAACUUGAUGCCAUCACAGAACUUCAUCACCGAUUUGACCAAUUCCAUAGAGAACUGUUUCUCUCUAAUAGAAGACACAUUCCCAUUGAUUGCUCAUGCCUUGUGGCAAAUUAUGGUGAUCAUUCAUAAUAUUCCUCCUCCGAACAAAAAUGGUAAAAAUUCCAAUUUAAUUCUAAAGCACAUUUGAAGACAGAGCACUUUGGUACUGUUAAUUUAUCAGUCAUAUGUCUUUAUGGAUAAUGAUUAAUGAGACAGGGAUAUGCUGAAAUUGUUAAUUCUCUGUUUUAGAUAUAGGUAUUUAAUAUUGCUACGUUCAGUGUAAUGUUUAUGAUUCAAUCACUAAAGAAGAAGAAUAUCAAGAGAAGAGUGUUGCUUGCUAAUACUACAUCACUUAGGGAUGACUGAGUUAAUAAAAGAGUUUAAAUGAAUAAAGUGAAGAACAACAGGAGGGAUGAUUCAUGGAAAUCAUUUUGUAACCUUACAAACACAGUAUGAAUAUCAUAACAAUAAUAAUCCUUUCUACUAUAGGCACAAGGCUUGAAAUUUUGGUGGGAGGGAGCCAGUUGAUUAGAUCAACCCCAGUAUCUGUCAGGGAACUGACAGAUUCAUUUGAAUGGCAGUCAAAAUGGUUUGUGACAUGUCAUCCAGAGAUUUACGUUCUGAGUUUAAAUGCCAACAGCUUCAACGAAAUAAGUAGCACUUGAAGCCUGGGAUCAUUCUAAUCAACAGAGUCCUCCCCUAAAAUUGCUGGCUUUGUGCCAAAAUUCGAAACUACUACUAUUAUUAUUAUUAAGGCAACAAGCUGGCCGACUCGUUUGCACGCCGGCGAAAUGCUUGGCAGUAUUUCGUCUGCCACUAGAUUCUGAGUUCAAAUUCCAUGGAUGUCAACUUUGCCUUACAUCCUUUUGGGGCUGAUAAAUUAAGUACCAGUUACGCACUGGGGUUGAUGUAAUUGACUAACCUUUUCCCUUAAAAUUUCAGGCCUUGUGGCCAUAGUAGAAAGGAUUAUUACAUUAAUAAAAAUACAUUACAGACAAAAUCUGGCAAAAAUAAAAUCUUUUAUUAA